UGAGUGAAAAGUCAAACCAUCGUUCGAAAUGUUUGGCGCGAAAUAGACACAUUAUUGAUUCGUUCAGACUGAUGUGUUUGUUACAUCUUCAUAGAUAAGUUAAUCUCAUUCUAUCUUUAAAUUCCUGUGUGUGAAUGUCGCAAGACUCGGGAGGAAGUUUAAAAAGUGAGAAAAUUGAAGUGAGUGGUACAGAAUGCGAAGAAUGAAGAGGAGCAGUUUGUUUACAAGCAAGAUGGCGUAGAGAUCGUAGCAUCAGGAUAGCACAAUGCAUACUGUAGUGGAGCUGGGAGAGCUCUGUGAGGUUAAGGAAGGUCUUCCUCUCAAUGGUCCUAGAACAUCUGUCCCAAGAAAUGCAGCCAACAUGUGUCAAGCGCAAGUUACUCCUGCUGUUGAGAGCACAGUAUACCUUGUGAGGCAGUUAGUAGCACACUUCAGCAAGGAUUGUCAAAAAGGAAUAAUUAUUCGAGACAAGACAAAAGAAACUUACCUCCAGAGACGAUUAAAAAAAUUGGUUUUCUCUGUCUUGUUGUCAUACAGGAAAGAUUAUAAAACACAAAAUACCAAUGUGAAACUGACUGAGGUAGAAGAGAUCAUAUGGCAAACCUUCAUGCUACGUCACCAUCGCAGAUAUGAUGAUGGCAACUCGUUGGAAAGAUGUUUACAAUAUCUAAAGAACUAUGGUUACUUGGAGGCAGGAAGUGAUGUGCGGAACGUGUUGAAGUUCCUCGUUGCCCUCAGAGGAUUUGGUGGAGAUGUUAAAAAGAAAGUUGACCUUGCUGAAUUAACUCCGAGAAUUGUUCACGUUGGAAAGAAUCAGCCAAACUACCUACCAUCUGGCCCACUGCAAUACGGAGACACAUUCCUGCAGUCUGCUGAAUAUAGACCCCAUUAUAUGCAUUUCCCUCCUGGGAUAUUCUCCCUCUCGUCAUCAUCAAUUGAAGCUGUGGGUUAUAAAGAAAAUACCUCACCAUUUGGAGUUGAAGCAAUGAUGAAUCUCAGCAAGGCACUACCUGGAACAGGGGUUAGUCCAUUGCUUCUAGGGAGAAACCCGAGUGAAACAUGUGGCAAAGUCUUAGGGGCACUAUUGCAAGACCAAAGUAAAGAAUUGACCCCAGAUGCAGUACUGUCCAUUCCUGACCUGCCUAGUGAAGCUCAGGGGUACAGCUACUUCAGCCAUCUUCCCAAAGCUUUGCCUUCCUCAUCUCCUAGUGCAGUUGGUAGUGAUGAAGGAUAUGCAUCAUCUCGAGCAGCUAACAUUCAAACCCCUGAAGAUGAUGUUGAAGAUGUAUGGGAAGCUGUACUUCAAGGACCACCCUUGACUUCUCGUCGUACCUGGGAGACCCUGGAUCAUGUUCCAUUGAACAAAGAGAAGUUAUUUUUAUCUGAAGCAGGACCAGAAUCGUCUCACAAUAUUUGGUUGUUGUACCAGGAGUUCUGGGGAAGUCUUGGUGAUCACUAUGUGCCAUCUCUGUAUGUAAGAUCAAUGGAGGAGCUGUGCCAAGACCUUAUGAAUCUCAUGAUUGGUGUGCCUUCACGUAGUUUCCUUUGGUGUGAAGAAUCUGAAAGUUUUUGUGUGAAGGAUGGUCUGUGCUACCCUGGUGUAACUCCCGAACAUCUUCAAGGCUCACUCUUGCCCUUUGUAGAGUGUGGCACACUUGUACGAAGGUUAGAAGUUGUGUGUGUUACUCCUAAAUUUGAUACACAGCAUCUCUUAACACAAGGGUCAGUCUACCGUGCAUUUACAGUGGCGAUAUCUAAUGUACUGCAGGUUUACAGAGGCAUGGUGUUCACCCUAAGUGGAGAAACUCACCUCUCGAGGCUGCAAGAGAGAGCACAGCAUUUGUUAAAGAAGAUAAAGUUUGUUGCCCAUCUGUUUCAAAUUACCUCUAACUGUUAUAAAAAUGGUAAUACACCCAGACUCCUGCCUGACAGUACAGCUGUGAACAUUGGCAUCAGCCAUAGGUUACAACAUACAUCAGUAAAUGAAGAGUGUCACCAAGAAAUGCUGAGAGGGCUUAACCUUCUUAGCGAGCUACUUAACCAAGUUAUUCUUACCAAGGACCGAGCCUGUCUUCUGUUGCUUAUAUCAAUCUUUAGGAAUUCUUGUGCACCUUUCCUUAGGUACUUGGAAGACUGGAUAUAUGAGGGAGUGUGUUCAGAUCCUGGGCAGGAAUUCAUGAUUGAUGUUGAUGGAAGAUCUUUACUAAGACAGGAUAGAAACUAUUGGACAAAGGGCUACACUCUUCGGGAUCUGUCAUCUAUCCCUGUCUUCUUCAGGGAUGUGCUACAGGAAGCUUUCACUUGUGGCAAGGCUCUUAAUUUACUUAAGCUUUGUUCUGUGAAGCAUCAUCUUGUCCAGGCUGGUAGCACUAAACACCCUAGCUUGAAGCUGUGCAUAUCAGGCGAAGAAUUAGAACAAAUGCACCAUCAGUGUGAAGCAUAUGCAGCGCAUAUGCUUUAUUUGGCAGCACAAAACCAGGUCUCAGCUCAGCAGAAGGCAGAACAAGAGAUAGAGGAGAAACAACGCUUAACAGUGAUAUCCUCUGAAAAGCAAGCUGCCAUUAUUUCGGAGUUUGAAAGAAAGAUGGAACAUGUUCGUCAGAAAGAAGCAGAGCAGAAAAAGUCUCAGUUUGAUGAAUUAAAAGAAGAAAUGCUGAAAGCUAGAGAAAGAAAACUGCAAGACAAACAGAGGGAAGUGGAAGAAGAUUGGAGAAUUGGCCAGGAAUUUGAGAUGAAGGAAGCAAAGAAACUAGAGGCGGAGGAGAAGUUGAGGGCCAAAAUGGAAUCUUAUUAUCACCAAAAGAUGUUUGUUGCAGAACGUAGUGAGGCUCUUGCUCAUUGGAAAGUGCAACGAUGUCUACUUAGUGAAGCUAGAAAGCAAUAUAUCCUUGGCACUGACUGGUCACCACAGGAAAAGGAUGCAGAAGCUGAAAAGUCAAAAGAGGUGGUAGACACUCCAGUUGAAGAUACACACAGUACAGUAGAUAUAGUAGAUGAUGUGUCACCAUUUAAAGAGCAAUGUCCAAUACCCAGUGUCCCAUAUUUAGAGCAUAAUGUCCAUCAUAGAAAUUUACCCAAAAGCUUACAGAAUAUAGAAUCAGGGAUAUUUGAUCAAAAACAAAUAAACAUAAAUGAAAAUUUUCUUGGAGAAUAUACAAGUCACAUUGAAAAGAAUGAUGAUGUAAAGGAAAGUCCUAUUCAAGAAUUGUCAUCAGUUUCCGACAUGACGACAUCAUUGAUGAGUACAUCAUCAGACCUCAUUGAAACACCUUUUGAUGAAAACCUCCCAGAUUUUGAGGUUGAUCUCAAGAGACCUGUAAGUUCUGAGAAAAAUUUACAAGAGAACAAGUUUUCUUCUGUAUAUGGAAAAAGUUCCAUUGAUUCUAUCCUUUAUAAUAGACCUGAUGGUUUUGAUGUAAAGAGAAGCAAACGGCCAACUUAUAUGCCAGUUUCAAGUAUUGCUGAAUUAUCAUCCAAUAAGAACAACCUUCUUGAGAAAGAGUAUGGAGUUGCAAGUGGCAUCACUGAAAGUGCUCAAAGACUUGUUACUGAGGAUAUAAGGACUUCUUCAACUUAUAGGAUCUUUGGAGAGCCAGUUCUAGAUAGCAAAACAUUGGCAGUAGAAAGAAAUCCAAGUAAUGCCAUUAAGGAAGACUUUGGCAACAGAGGUAGAGAGACAGCUGCAACCCAAGAUACUAAUGCCAACUUUCCAGGUCUUGUUAAAGAUGAGGAUGAAAAUGGAAACUCGGGAGACAGUUAUCCAUUCACAGUUGAUGACAUUAAUGCCAAUAUAGCAUCUGAAAAAUAUACACCACUCCCAGGACCAGCAUCUGUUAAAGAAAAUGGUUUUCAAGACCCUAAUAAAAACAUAACUUUAGCAGAUAAUAUUUCUGAAACAAAAGAUGUAAUUGGGAAGAACAGCACUAUAGAUAUAAAGGUGAGCGGAGAUGAUAGCAAUGGCAAUAUUAUUUCUCAAAAUAUAAAUGAAGUGCUUUCUCAGUACAAGGAGCGAUGUGCUCAGGCCGCUGCUAUUAAGCAAAAGGUUCUCAAAGAAGAAUUCCAGUCUACCACAGAAAGUAAAAAUACCAUGAAUAUUUUAAGAUCAAAGUCAGUACCUUCAUCAUUGGCUGUGAAAAACAAACAAAAAGUUUUGGAGAUUGAAUAUGGACUGCCACCUGUGGAAGGUCCUGCUGCAGAAGAUAAACAUGUAGUUACAUAUAGUCGACAAGUGUCGGGGGCCAGUACGUCCAGCUACAAAUCUUGUUCUUUAUUUGAGAGACAAACUUCCAGCUCAACAGCUUUUACAACACCAGAUGAAGAGAGGCCAAUUCUUAUUGACCAGGUUGGUGGAGAGGUGCUGAAAGAACGAGGUAGGAGCAUUCAUGGUCAUGCUUCAGAUGCCAUCAUUCAUAAGCUACUCUGGAGACAUAAUCAGGAGCCUAUGCUGUCACCUACUGAAGCCAUGAGUGACAUGACCCCAAUUGAAGACUUGCUGUCUUCUGUGAGACACUCAGUACUAUAUAAAGCUGAACCAUACAAUGUGGAGAACUUUAAACUUAUGGACUCUGAACCGCUGCUGGACAUUACUGGAACCGCUCUCAAUGGAAGACCAAACACAAGACAACCAAGAAACAAGAAAUUGCCCCCUGUUCCAUCUGCCAGUGAACUGUCAUGUGCACCUAUUUAUUUCAUGCGCUCAAUCAGGAUGCAUCUAGCAACACAGACCCGGCUGGUAAAUGCAAGUCUCCUGAGUGAAGUCUUGGUACAAGAAAGUCUUUUGGACCACCUCUCUGCUCUUCGUGCGCUUCUCUUGUUGCACGAUGCACACUUUGCUCGUGCUUUAACCUUGAAUCUUUCCAGCAAGGUAGACAUGACAAGCUCCCCUGCAGCAUUAUUGGUGCCUGUUGAGCUGAACAAUAUCCUCAACAGAUCAGUAUCUGAAUCGUGCUGGACCACGAGUCAGCAAGCUGAAAAUCUUUCCUUUGCUAUUAAAAGCAUUCCCUCUACAUUCACACAUACAACAAGUGUUGUAGACUGCCUUGAGCUCAGGUACCAUGUACGUUGGCCUCACACGCUUAUUUUGGACGAUGCCACUCUAGCGUCAUACUCUCGAGUGUGGAAUUUUUUGGCCUCUCUACACUACAGCAUUUGGGCUGCUGAUGAUCUCUUCUGUCAUUUGUCAUAUCUCUGUCGACAAGACAAGGAAGGGCACUUCUUGAAAUGUUCACAAUACCAUCAGGUUUGUUUGUAUCGCCAUGAAAUGCACCACUUCCUCCUUGUUGUGCAGGCAUAUGUAAUUAGUCAGGUGCAUCAGAUCAGCUGGAGCAAGUUUGAACAAAAAUUACAUAAAAAGGUAUCAUCUUUGGAUGAGUUGUAUGACCUUCACAGCUCCCUUGUCACAUCAAUUAACUCAAGGUGUUUUCUGACGCAGAAGGGUUCUGUGGUUCAAAAGCUGGUACGUGAUGUAUUCUCACUGAUGCUACGAUUCCGCUCCCAGUAUCUCUCCCACUCAUGGCAAACAAAUGCUCAGACCAAUAUGAUGGAACACCCUGGGUUUAUUGCUCUUAAGAGCACAUACCAGGAGUUUCAGAAACAUUCUGCAUUUCUGCAUAAAUCACUUCUGGAGGAAGAGGAUAAACUGCAAGAGUGCUGGUAAAGGUUGGACAACGAAUUCGAAUAGAUUCCUGCCAGCAAGAUCUCCUCAACAGACUGGAUUUCAAUGGCUAUUACUCUAGUCAGGGAUGAAGGGAAUUUUAAAGUUACCAGUGAUAUACAGUACAGCUGUUAAAAUAAAAAAAACUAACUUAUUUCUGGCUUAAACUCAGUGUGUUGUUAAUUAGUAGUAACUGAAAAGUUCAUUCAAUUUAUCAGUUUAAGAGAAUCUCCCAAGUGGAUUAUAUAAAACCUCAUUUUGUUUUUAUUUGAAUUACUUGUAUGUUAUUUGAAUUUGAAGUUGUGGGACUGACAUACAUUGUACAUUCAUUAGGUUGGGAGCGAUCAGUACACUCUGUAUGGCUCAAGCUACAAGCUAAUCAGUGGCAUCUAAGUUAUUUUAUGAAAUACUUAUUGUUAUUGUAUUAAACAUUCAGUGAGGAUGAGGUUAAAUUGUUUUGUGUAUCUAUACCUAUUAAAUAAAGUAUAUACUAUUACAAUGUU